CUUGGACUUUCCUGACCGAUCAGCGCCGAGUAUCAUCAGCUACGCGUGAUACAUGCCGUUCGACAGUAAGAAUCUUCGGUCGACCGUCGUUCAUCUGUUUCGUUCGGGAUUCGUGGACUUUCAUGUUCAGUGUGGUUAUUUUAUACUUGCGAUUGCGUGUCAGAUGAUAUUUUCAACCGCGAGUUCUCGCAGUCUUCUCACGGGCAUAUUCUCAGCAGAACACGCGUCUCUCGCGUUCGUCUGCCUACGGAACGUCGUAGAUAAACAAGAAGAGCGAAAAAGAAUCUCAAUGUAAAAGCACACGAUGGGAAAGUUGAAAGAUCGAACGCGAGUUAGCAUUUUUCAAGAUUGGAAUAACGGAAGAAACGGGAGAUAUCCCUUUGUGAAUUCAAGCAUUUAAAUCUGACAAUUUUCGGAGUGAUUCAAGAGAUCGACGAUACUUGAGAAUUUAUCGAGGAAAAUAUAUUUCGUAGCUUCUUGUUAGACGUGAACAAUUUCAUGUUGGAGCAAAGCUAACUUUCGUUCUUAGUUACAAUCAGUUGUGGAUUAUAUGUGAUUCAGUGAUAUAAGCGAUCUGGACGGUUCUACAAAAAGGCAUUCCUUGCGUCGGCAAAAAGUCUCAAGGACGGAAAGCGAAAGUGUGCGGUUUCACCUAGGCAUCUACUACAUUUUGGCACCGACAACGUUUCAGCAGAAACAUCUGCUCCAAACACAAAAGAACGCAUUGUCUAUCCUAUUCGUUUAGCGAAAGUUAUACGUGUUAUUGAAAAAUCGAUACUUUUUAAAUAACAGUAUAAUCUUGAUUUAAUUCGGUUUUUAACACGAGAAAAAAUAUGUCCUUCGCGCUAUAAUAAAUACUUUAUUUUACAUAUACAUGUCGUGAAUAUAUCUACUGCCUUUAAGAAAGAUAAUCGUUUGAAACCUAUUAUUUGUGUCGACGCGCGCGCGCGAUUAGAUAUCAUGUGGAAGAGUGUAUCUAAAAAUGAACGUUAUUAUUUCGUACGUCCUUCUUAGAUAUAUUUUAUUAACAUAUUGAAAGAUAUCUCAAUUCUUUGAAAAUAUUAUGAAAACUGUUUGCGCGUAAGACUAUUUAAAUUAAGUGGAUAAUUAUUUAUUGUAAUUGUAUACAACGUUUAGAAUACAGGCGGCUCCACUUGAGUUGGUCCAGCAAAAUUUAACUCACAAUCAGUGAUAACUAUAUCAUAUUACUGUUCUUUGUACGAUGGCCACAAUAAUCAAAUAAAUCACGAGAGUGCGGUGACGUUAAUUAGAAAAUCUCUUUUCGGGAAAUUCUGUUAAACAGAUUUUAUUCAAAGGGAUGAUAGCAGAGCGAAGAUCGACCAUGGAUCUUCGUAUCGCUUGUUGGUUCAUUUUAUCUCUUGUUACAGCUUUCGUAAAUAGUUACGAAUACGUCAAUGCUGCUAACAAGUGGUCAUUGUGCUUAGUCGAUAGUGUACAUACUACGCAAAGAAUUCUUUCACUCUGCCCGAAACUAGCUAAGAGUCCGAUAGAAUGUGUUAUAGAAACUGAUAGAUUUGGCUGUUUACGUCGAGUAGCCAAUGGUGAAGUCGACAUCACUGUGUUGGAGCCAGAAGAACUUAUGGCGAUAAGAAACUACAAACUAUACAAUGUACUAGUCACGAAUGAAUUAAGACUCUUCUCAGAUGAUGAUCAUCGUUUUGAGGUAGUAGCCAUAGCGCACAAAAAUGUGCAACGCAUAUGGGAUGUCAAAGGAAAACGAUUGUGUCAUCCCGGUUUAGAUACAGUCGAUGAUUGGACUAAAAUUUUCUCGAUGUACUUCGAGAAUCUGAUAAUUAAAAAAGAAUGCGACGCAAAUAUGACGCUGUUCGAGAACAGAAUGUAUGCUCUGUCCAACUACUUCGAAACGGCUUGCAUCGCUGGCCCUUGGUCGGCAGACACAGUAUUUGAUUAUCAAUUGAAAUCGAAAUAUAGGAAUCUCUGCGCCGCUUGUGAGAAACCAGCUAGCUGUUACAACACCGACAAAUAUUAUGGACGGGAGGGUGCCCUAUUAUGCCUUACCGAUGGCAUGGGCGACGUUGCCUGGGUUAGAUUGGGAGACGCUCGGGUACACUUCAAGGCACAGAUGAUCGAUGUGCAAGAUUACAAGUUUCUAUGCCCAGACGGCACCACGAGACCGUUAAACUUUCAGGAACCCUGCAUCUGGAUAUCUAAACCAUGGCCAGUCAUUGUAGCUAGACCAUCGAAUGCUGAGAAUAUUGCCCAUAUGAUGAAUUCGAUGAUGAACAGGACGUUCAGUUGGGAAUCCAAUGUCUUGCAGCUGAUGGAGAACUAUUACGUUACCUCUACUGACGUGAAAGAUUUGCAAACGCCCGACGAUUAUUUACAUCGAUAUCCAAAUUUCUUGAGCGCUAACGUUCGAACGGGUUGUUUACCAUCAAGAGACGUACGUUGGUGUCUGGUAUCCAAUCUCGAAAAGCGUAAGUGCAGCUGGCUAAGAGACGCUUCUAUCGUUUACGGUGUGGAACCGUUGAUCUCCUGUCUUCAAGAAACUAGCAGAGAAGCAUGCGUAGAGGCCAUACGGAAUGGAAGAACGGACAUUUUCUUAGCGCGGCCCGAAGAGCUUCUCGAGAACAAAAUGAUGGGUUUGAAGCCUAUUAUCCACGCGAUGGCGAACAGCCGGCAAGAAUUGAAUAGGAUCGCAGCGGUUGUCAAGAGGAAUUCCAGAUUCAGAGUUAUGAAGGAUCUUAAAGGUGCCAAGGCGGCCUUCACGGGCUACAGAAGCGUCGGUUGGAACGCUUUUGUAACGUUAAUGAGGAACGAGUCGAACGGAAAUUGGGACUGCUCGGACGCGCAGGCUAUAUCGAAAUUCUUCAAAGAUAGCUGUGUCCUCGGUUGGAGUAAUAAAAAUAAUGACAACGAGCUCCCGGCUAAUUUACAUUCGUUAUGCAAGGAAGGUGCGGAACAUGCGGGUGACGAUCUAAGUACUUUUAAUUACUUAGCUUCCGGUGUCGUCGACGUUGCUUUCGUCAAUUUAAAAGUCAUAGAAAACAAAACGGAAGCCGGUGAUUUUUAUUAUGAGAGAAUUGAUAAUAAGAAUACAAACCGUUUGCCUAAGUACAGAAUAUUAGGCCCGACCUUAGCAGAAGCUAUAAAAAGAGUUCCGUAUUUGCUCACUUGGGCGUCUCUCGGAUCGAUAAUGGCACACGAGAAUAUCACGAAUCUAAGACGCCAAGAAAUUUAUACAAUGCUGCUUGAAAUGGAUAAGAUAUUUGGAAGAAAAUUCAACGGACAGGCACCUACAUUCUUAUUAUACGGGCCUUACGAGGAUAAUCAUGGUGUUAUUUUUCCUGAUGUGCUAUAUUUCGAACGGCACCCACGCAACCUACGCGAAGAUCAUUCGUCAUUAUCGCGGCAUCCAUCACGACUUCUUCAUUAGCAUCCAAGGAGCCUCCAUAUGCACAAUUGAAGUAUUUUUUGCUCUCCAUGUGACAAAUUGCACGCUCAACUGCGUCCAGCGAA